AUUUUGAAUGGUGCCUAAAGAGAAGUAAAUUAUUUCUUAAUUUUAGUUAAUUAGAAAGUUUUGGAAUAGAAGAUGAUAAAUAAUCUAUCAAAGCAACAACAAAAAAAAUACAAAAUAGAAAAAUAUGGUCCUAAAAAGAAGACAAAUUAUUAGAAAGAGCAAUUCAUGAACUUGGAACUAAUUGGAAGGAAGUAGCAAAACAUUUACAAAACAGAAAUCCUUCUUAAUGUGCUUAAAGGUGGAAGAGAAUUAAGCCUGCUUCAGUAUAUUUAAUUUUAAAUAAGCCCAGUAACGCUCUCGACAUUCUUGGAGCGCAAUUGAAGAUGAAUAACUAUUAGAAUUAGUUAAAAUACAUAAACGAAAUUGGGGUAUGAUUGCCAGUAUUAUGAAUUGGAGAACAGGAAAAUAAAUUAGAGAACGAUAUAUAAAUAAAUUAAAUCCAGAGAUUAGAGCUGAACCAUGGUCAAAAGAAGAAGAUCUUAUUGUCAUGGAAGCAUAUUAAUAAUAUGGAUCUAGAUGGACAGAAAUAUCCAAAUUAUUAAAAGGGAGACCUGUAUAAUUUAUUUACUAAAAUUUAUUAGGAAAAUAUGAUUAAAAAUAGAUUUUAUUCUUUUAUUAGAAAAGAAUACAUGAAUAUUUAAAAUCCUUAUUAUGUAAUACCAAAUUCUUAAUAAAAAACUGAUGCUGAACAAUUAAAAUUAAUCCAAUAAUCAAAUGAAUUAAUUAAGGAUGAUUAAAAUUAAAAUAAUUUAUCAUUUUAAAGCGUUGCUCUAAAAAAAAAGAAAUAAUCUAAAAUUUAAAAGAGAAAAAUGAAAAAAUAAAACUCUAUUAAAAGAAGAAAAGAACAAGAAAAAAAAAUUAAUAAUAAUAUUCUUAUUGAACAUGAAGAAGUUUUGAAUGGAAUUAUUUCAGCAGAAAGUUGCGAAGUUCAUGUAAAAGAAGAGGAUGAUAACGAAUUUCAAGUUAAUAAGAUUGCAUAGAGUGUUUUAAGUUAAAGCUUAAACAACAAUAUCAAUUAAAUUAAUUAUACAUUAAAUUCUCAACAAUUAUUUAAUGAACCAUUAAUAUCCCUAUACAAUUCUUAAGUCUUGCAAAAUUAACCCUCAUAAUAAUAAUAGCUCUAAUAAUAAUAAUAAUGUAAAUAUUUUUAUUAAAAUAGACUUUGCUGCUAUGUAUUAUAAAUAUUAUGAAGGCAUUGCAAAUUUAAUUAAAAGUUAAAGCCUAUCAUAAUCAUAAUUACUUAAAGAGAGCCCUCCAAUCUUAUCAAAUGUUUCUAGUUAAGAAACUAAUUAAUCUUCGCUGAUGUAACUUUCACUGUCAAAUAUGAAUUUUCGUCAAUUUCCUUACAUGUUUAGAUAAGAGUCUUUUCCUCAUUCAAUGAAUAAUUCAUAAUUUUGAAAGAAAAUCUGAGCCUUUUCACUUAUCAAAAUAUAUUUUUUAUUAAUUUUAUUUAGAGAUG